GCAAAGUGUGGUUAGAUAGAAAGUACAACCAAUGUAGUGAACUUUCACGAUGUUCGUUAGUGCACCUCACGAUCUCUCCAAUUCUGUUUCUCUCUCUUCACUCCUCUCUUCCUCGCUCCUUUCGGAUCACCACAAUUACCAAACAAAUUUUCUUUUCCUCUUCUCAUUCUUCUAUUCCAUUCCAUCUUUAACUUACUUUUAUCAUAUUCAAAUUUGUGAUUUUCUUCAAUUCCAUUAAAGGGUAUUCAAUUUGAUUCAUUUUAUCAUUCGGGUUGUUCUUAAAUUUCAAUUUUCUUAUUUAAUUUUUGUGGGUAUUUUUAUUGAGAAAUUAUAAUAAUUGGGUUUUUUUGGGUUAAAAAAUGGGGUUUGAUGAGAACAAAGAGAUUGGAGAAAAAAGUGGAGCUGAUAAAGAGAUUGUAAAUGAAGAUAAUGAAGAGGUAGAAAAAUUUGGGAGAAAAAUGAGUGAGAAUUCUAUUUAUACAACAGAUAAUGAACAUGAAGAUGAAGAUUAUGAUGGCAAAAUUGAUUUGGGUCCUCAAUAUACCAUUAAAGAACAAUUGGAAAAAGACAAGGAUGAUGAAAGUUUGAGGAAAUGGAAAGAACAACUUCUUGGAGGAGUUGAUUUGAAUGUAAUUGGAGAAAGUCUGGAACCGGAAGUGAAGAUCCUUAGCCUUGUGAUCCUCUCACCAGAUAGGCCCGACAUCUAUCUUCCAAUGCCAGAGGAUGGAAAACCAAAAUCACCUUGGUUUACAUUGAAGGAAGGUAGCCGAUACAAAUUGAAAUUUACGUUUCAGGUUAACAACAACGUUGUUCUCGGGCUUAAGUACACCAACACUGUAUGGAAAACUGGCCUUAAAGUGGAUAGCACAAAGGAAAUGCUUGGAACGUUUAGUCCUCAAGCGGAGCCAUACGAUCACGAGAUGCCAGAAGAGACUACUCCUUCUGGCUACUUUGUGCGUGGAUCAUACUCUGCACGAACAAAGUUCCUUGAUGAUGAUAACAAAUGCUACUUAGAGAUCAAUUACACAUUCGACAUUCGUAAAGAUUGGUUAACUACAUGAUUGAAAGAGUUUGAGCACUCUAUAAUCUCUUAACCAUAUCAUCCCAAUCUUUCUUGAUGAUUAAUAUAGGUUCUCAAACUUCUAAUUGUUAUGAUCGCGUAUUUUCUUUUUCUUUUUCUUUAUCGAACAUCAGAAUGGAAAAAUAUGAAGAAAAAAACGAGAGGAGGAUUAAACUUUGAAGAUGUUCUUGUGUAUUAGGAGUAGCUAACUUUGCCUGUUUCUAUUGAAAUUUCUGCGAUUUUUGUAGUCUUUGUGUUAUGUAACUUAAGACUCUGUUCUGUACGAGUUAUUCGUUGAUAAAACUAAAUAUAUUAUAUUACGUCCCGAAUUCUGGU